GCUUUGCGUUGCCUCGGAUAUCCUUCCGACUGCUCUGCUGGAUGUGCUCUUUGAUGACACAACUUGCGUACAACGACAUCUGCUCAGGUAUCAAAGGACGACCCUGGGCCAUUCAAUAUGUGUAAAUAUCCUCCAUUCGCUCAUUAUUUUAGCAGCUGUACGUGAUCGGACAGUUCACCCGGCUCUGCUUGAGUGAGCCUCCAUUGUGAUCGCCGCAAAGGGCUCGGCAGAUGAGGACCGGCCCCGCCGCGAUGCGUGACAGUCCAGACGCCGAGGUGCCUGUUCCCAAACAGUCCACCAGGCACAAUCACCCGGUGGGCGCCACUUUGGAAGUUCAAGUUCCCCUCUUGACUCGAAGCUCCAGCAUGUCUGAACCCGUUCCCCUGCGACGUUGUGCUCCGGGUCCAGUUGCCACUCACGCUCAAAGGUGGAAGCAGCUGAAGGAGGACGUCAGCUAUCCCUGUGAUAACACUGAGCCUGCCUCAAAGCACAACGGACCCACUGAACGCAGACAGAGUUCAGACGUGCCUCCUGGAACAGGUCACGACAUAGAGAAAUGCUGCUGCAACCAUCUCCCGGCGUCUGGGAUCCCGCCGCAGGGCCGCUUGGAUCUGCCAAGAGUGGUGAAGCACAAGCCGAGUGCCGUUGUGUUCUGUGGUUGUGAGUGUAGCCCUGACAACCAGGUGACGUCUGACGGCGGGGAUUCCUCCCCAUCCGCCGCCGAGGACGACUUUCCCCAGGCGUCACAAUACAAGGAGUUCCUGGUCAGUCGUCACAGGAGAAACUUGAACAGGAACAGGAAGUGCUCGAGGAAGAGACAGGAUGCACAGCCUAAUGGUGCAGCGGCUGGCAGAAAGACCACCGACGGGGGGAAAGCCGCGUUCACAGGUGGCCUGGAGGAAGAGGAGCCGCCGCGGAACGACGGGAAACAGGCGGCUGAGGGCGACUCCAUGACCCUGCUGAUGGAAAAGUUAGAUCACCUCCAUGAGGAGAUCCAGGACGUCCAAAGCGCUGAUUCCAAUGCUGAAGAGGAGCAGCAGAACAACGCGGGGGCUUCGGUUGCGGGCGGGCCGGCGACUCCUGCGUCAUCUCAGGACGAAGGAACCCCCGGAGCUGCGGAGAAGUUUGAGCCGCUGACCAGGCGGCGCUCCCGACCUUUGACCCGCAGCAGGCCGCUGACCCGCUCGUCCCUCUCGUCCCCAACGCAUCUGCAGGCUCGACGGGUCAGGGCUGCUUCCAGGAUGACCAGUGGAUCUGCAGAGAUUGAGGCAAAGGAGGCUUGUGAUUGGCUUCGAGCGGCAGGAUUUCCACAGUAUGCACAGCUCUAUGAAGAUUCCCAGUUUCCAGUUGACAUUUCCUCUGUGAAAAGGGACCAUGACUUUUUGGACCGGGAUCUGGUUGAGCCUCUAUGCCGACGUCUAAGUACUCUGAACAAGUGUGCGUCCAUGAAACUGGAUGUCAGCCACUCCAAGAAGAAAGUAAGACAACCUCUUUUAACUGGCGAUGACUCUGAUGAAGAUGACCCACUGGCUAUCAGUAAAAGGUGGACAUUCGAGAGGAGCAGCCGACGUUGGUCGCGCCUGCAAGACUUUCUGUUGGACAACGACCCUGAAAGCAGUCCGACGGGUGCAGGGGAGGGUCUGAUGCACAGCACAGUGAGCAUCGAGAGCGUGCUGACGGACCUGAGCGAGACGGAGAACACCGAUGUCUCCUCAUUGCACAGCGAGGACUCCGCCUCUGCCAUGCCUGACUCUAUAUCUAUGGCGUCUCUCUCUGCCUCCUACCAUCACCCCAGGGACCUUUCACACUACAACUCCCUGCCCAUCAAGGGCAGCCGCCAUGGGCCAGGUGGGCGGAGUAAAGCCAAGGAGUUUUUGCGUCGCAUGGAGAUGAUGCGCACUUGGGGGCCGUCGACGAAGCGGAAAGGCUCGAACCGCAGGGCGCCGCUGGUCAUCAGUGGGCCCGUGCUGCAGGGGGAGGAGCCUCUUGCACUGCAGGUGCUCCAGUGUACUCCCAUCAGCCAACUGGAACACAACCACCAGACGGAUGGCGACACCUCCCCUGUCUCGCUUAACGACGUCUGUAAAGACCAGCCCGCGCAGGGUGUUGGCCCCUGCAGCGAGACGGCGCCGCACAAAGUGAACGAUCCUGUGCGUGCGAAACCCCGCGCAGCCGGCAAGAGAAGCAGCAUGUAUCUGGAGGACAUUCAGCUGCUUUCACAAAGCAAGAGGACUGAAGGACAAAAGCAGUUUGGCAGAAACCAGUUCCACUCAUAUGAAAACCUCCUUGUUCACAUCCCCAAAGACCAUAUACCGGGCACCUUUCCAAAAGCUUUGUCCAUAGAGAGUCUGGCACCUUCCCCGGGUCACGGCAACAACGGCAUUCUGACACGGGCCCAGACCUCUUCACCCGACAAUGGCCCGGGUGAGCCCUGGUCUGGCGGUCCUCUGUCCAAGCCUCCCUGUCCCGGAGCUCCACGUGGCAGCAGGGUGAGCGUUUAUGACAACGUCCCGGGCUCCUACCUUUACGCCAGCACGGGAGACCUGCUGGACUUGGAGAAAGAGGACAAUCUGUUCCCUCAUCUAGAUGACAUCAUCCAACAUGUCAGCGGUUUGCAACAAAUAGUGGACCACUGGAGCCGCAGUGUGCUGCCCGAGGAUGAGACAGGGGAGGGGGAGGAAGAAGGCGAGGGCAGGACCACUCCCAGUGAAGGCGAGAGAGACGGGAUGUCCUUGAUCGACACCGAUUCGAUGGGAACCGGCCGGGAGAGGCGGGACUCUGGAGUCGGGGCCUCGCUGACAAGACCCCGCCUGCGAUGGCCCAGUUUCAGAACCUCUGAUCAUCUCAACCAGCCGUCAUCUUCACUGCAGAUCAGAAGCCAAUCAGCAGGACAACUCAGCCUGCUGCAGAAAUUCUCUUUGCUCCGGCUCACCGCCAUCAUGGAGAAAUACUCAAUGUCUAAUAAACAUGGUUGGACAUGGUCUGUGCCCAAGUUUAUGAAGCGCAUGAAGGUGCCAGACUACAAAGAGAAGAGUGUGUUUGGUGUUCCCCUCAUCAUCCACGUCCAGCGCUGUGGUUUUCCACUCCCUCUAUGUUUACAGCAGGCCCUCAGCCACCUCAGAACACACUGUCUGGACCAGGUGGGAUUGUUCCGAAAAUCUGGCGUGAAGUCACGCAUUCAGGCUCUGAGGCAGCAGUGUGAGUUGUCCCCUGACUCCGUGAGCUACGAGGACCAGUCAGCUUACGACGUGGCCGACAUGGUCAAACAGUUCUUCAGAGACUUGCCGGAGCCUCUGCUAACGAGCAAGCUGGGGGAAACCUUCCUGCACAUUUACCAGUACGUCCCAAAGGAGCAGAGGUUGCAGGCCGUCAGAGCGGCGAUCUUGCUGAUGCCAGAUGAAAACAGGGAGGUUCUGCAGGCGUUGCUCUACUUCCUGCGUGAUGUGACCUCCUUGGUGGAGGAGAACCAGAUGACGCCAAUGAACCUGGCCGUUUGUCUGGGACCUUCGCUCUUCCACCUCAGCAUACUGAAGAACGAGAGCCUCUCCCCAAGGUCAAUCCAGAGGAAGUACACAACGGGCCGUCCCGAUCAGAAGGAUUUGAGCGAGAACCUGGCAGCCACCCAGGGUCUGGCUCACAUGAUCACCGAGUGCCAGUGUCUCUUCCAGAUACCUGAGGAGAUGGUGACCCAGUCUCGCAACUCCUAUAUGGAGGCCGAGCUGACGGUGCCCCCGCUGGACGAGCUGUGCAAGGCUCACGAUGAGGAAGUGGACGGGGACGAGGAAGAGGAGGAUGAGGACGGAUCCUACCAUGCGCACCUAGAAAGGCUGCUCCAGAACCUGCUUGAAGAGGCCAAAGACAAGAGCAAAGGCUGGGUGUCUCGCUCGCCCACGGACCACACGGAACUGGCAUUCAAAAAGGUGGGAGAUGGGAACCCUCUGAGGCGGUGGCGAGUGUGUGUCGAGGUGUCGGCGACGCCACACGAGGUGCUGCAGCGGCUGCUGAGAGAGCGCCCCCUUUGGCGUACUGAUCUACAGCAGGAGAAGGUUCUGGAGACGCCGGAUAAGCAGACCGACGUGUACCAGUGCUCCUACUACAACAUGGCACCUCAACCCAGCAGUGACUAUGUCGUACUAAGAUCGUGGCGUACAGACCUGUGCAAAGGCUCCUGUGCGCUGGUGUGUGUGUCCGUGGAGCACGAUGACGGCCCACGCAUGGGGGCAGUGAGGGGGGUGGUGCUGGAGUCACAGUACCUCCUGGAGCCCUGUGGGACUGGGGGCACCAGACUCACGCACAUCUCCAGAGUGGACCUCAGGGGAAGAUCUCCAGAAUGGUACAACAAAGUGUUUGGUUACCUGUGUGUAAAUGAAGCUCAGAGGAUCCGGUCCUCUUUUCACCCGCCAGAUCUGACGAGCACCGAGGCCAAGAUCUGAACCCCAGAAAUCCACGUCUGUCUUUGGUCACACUGCAAGAGCAGCUGACUCUGAGAACUCAGGAGGGAAAUGAUCCAGGCGGUGGACAUUUCCUACUGCUGAGCAGCACUCAGCUCUACUGUACCACACUGUCCUGAGUUACCAUCACAGAAAUGCACAUUUUGGCACGCAUUCCUUUCAUUUCGCGUAACAACAAAUUGCUAGUUUGGUAUCCCAUAAAUAUAAAACAGCUAAUUUGAGUCUUUUUUUUCUGGAUCAUUCUUCGAAAUCCUCGACUGCUAAUCUAACUCCAACAAAUUACACGUGGGAUGCUAGUGGAUUAUAAAUGACUAAUUUGACUGGAACCAUUUUUCUUCUAAGAUGUUUUUUUGAAUAAAAAAACAGAACACAGAUCUGUUUUUAUCACAGUCAAUAAAAAAUGACAUUAAAUAAACAAUACAGAAAAAUGGCAUCAACCAACCAGAACCAAGAAUUGCAAUCCAGUGUGAGAACAAGAACAUCCGUUGCUGAAAUUAUUCUUACUAAUGAAUAUUAAUAAUAAACACAUCUUGCAUGUUACAAUUAAAUAUUAGUAUUUUGGUAACCAUAAACCAAUGCUUGAACAAAUCACUUGAGUGAAAAAAGCCUGUAAUGACCAGGACAAGUUCAGUAUGGCUUUAUGUCAGCGUUACAUUACAGUUCAGGAAAAAUAAUCCCGUGAGGGAUCUGGAUCACAGAAAGGGGAAACGUUCAUCAGGUCCAUAAAUGUACUGUUUUGGAAACAUUGUGUGGGAUAUCACUGUUGAUUUACUUCUGUCACUAUUCCCAGUGUUAAUCUCAUCUAAAUGUUAUUUUAAAGUUAUUAUUGUCAUUAUAUACGUGUAUACUCUAUCACCUUUUUUAGCUGUCAUAUUAUACAAUGUCUAAGACAUGUGACCAUUUCACUGCUUCUGGGAAGCAUGUUUGAAAUUGUGUGUGUGACUGUGUGUGUGUGGGUGGGGGGGAGAGCAUGGACGUGCCUGUGUAUCUGCACUUUAGAUAUACGUAUAGCCUUUAUUGUAAAUAUAUACAGUAUAUGACGCUUUCUGUGCCAGCGGAUCAAAAAUUCAUAGCUUUUCAGGGUCUUCCUAUCAUAUUGAUAUGCUGAAAUGUGAACUUUCCAUACACCAUCCUACUCAAGCAAUAGCAGACUAAAACCUGCUCUGCCAUGGCGCUGCCGUGGCUUAUUUUUGUUUUGUUUCGGCUGUAGGCGUUGCUAUGGUGUUGCUAAGAUACAAUAUCUCUACAGUGCCACCAAUACCCUGCGUGGAGGCUGUUUGCUGGUGUGCCAUGUGUGUGUGUGUGCGUGUGUUUGUGUGUAAUAUGUGUACGAGAGAGACAGAAAUAGUGAGCGAGUGACUUUGACGUGAGCCGUCAGCUGUGUGGGAAGAGGCUCCAAACCCAUCUGCGUAGCUGAGACCAAGGUGGUUAUUUCUGACCAAGUGACAGAAAACUGAACCAUUGUUACUCAACAACGGAAUAAAAAAUCCAAGAAUUCAACAA